GGAGAAGACGCACUAAUUCGUGUGGGUGGCGUAAAUCCAGUAUGCAUGAGCCAGUAAUGCUGGCCAGAGCUGUUUUUUAUUUUCUGUGGAGAAGAGAGGAAGGCACAGAGACUUCAUACACAUGAAUAGCAUCUUUUUCUGAAGACUCUGAAGGAGGGAAUUUACUGCGUUCCCACUGCUGCAGUGUAGCGGUUGAGAGGGGAGUUAACAGGUGAUUUUGAGAAUGAAAUUGGAGCCCAUCCAAGCUCUCAUAUGUGAAUGGCAACAGACUUCUAGAGCAUACAAGAUGACCAGAGUGAUUAAUCAAUUACAGACAACAGGUGUUGUGGUAUAGGACAGAUCUGCAGGUUGUUUUUGGUCGGUUAUGUCUCAGUCAGGUAAAAUCCUCCACCUGUAUGUAGAAGUGAGAUCUGUCACUGAUGAAGAAGGAAAAGACCUGGGAGAUGUGGAAAAAACAGACUCCCUCAUGUUGACAGCACCAGACAUCCUUCAGUCAUCGCAGUUUGGUGUCCCUAAUGCACCACAUGGCCGGACGUCCCCACGUGGAGUGCUGCAUAAAGGUGGAAGCAGCACCCAGAGCUUGGCCUGUAAUAAAUCAACAUCUAGACACUCUGUAAGUUUUCAGCUACAUCCAGGACAUGGCUUAGACCAACCGUUGACCCAACACCAGAAAAGUUUACCUUAUAAUGAGUUAAACCAGUUACUGUCUGCCCUUCAGACAGAUCCCGCUGCAAAUACUUGUCAUUUGGUGUGUGCUCCUUCUGAACGUGACCCCUUCUUUGGGAGGGAACAUCACCUGUCAGGACGGUUUACUGCCCCUCCGACUCCCAGUGGAACUCGUAAAGCUUUCAGCCCAACUAAGAUGAAGGUAGGAGAUGAAGGAAGGCGAUCUGUUGCCACUUUCAGUUACAUUGAAAAAGCUCAAAUUAAAUUAGUAGAGGGUCAGUAUAGCUCUUUGUGCAAUAGCGAGCCUCAGAAUCCUUUCAACAGAAACAUGGAGGAAAAAGCUAUCCCUCUCCACCUUAGGAAAAGGCCCAGUGACCCAGUGCUGUUCAACAGCUUGGAGUCCAUGAACAACUGUAAUUCAAAACAGCUUAGUCAAGGUUUAGGCAACUCACAUAUGGGUACCCCCAGCAUUAGGAGGGCAACUCUAGACUCCAUUGCCAGAGAAGCUACACAUCGAGCAUUGGAGGAAUUUGGUUCCCCUCGACUGAGACAAAAACUGGCAGGCAACUGUCUUGAUGGAAGUCAUGAUGACAGGACAGGAGAGCAGCGCCGCUGUCGGUCUUGGUCUGGAUCACCAGUGAUACCAUGCAGUUCUAGAACCUUGCCCACUAAAGCAAAAUUAAUGGACCAUGAGCGGAAUAGUCAGUUUUCUAGAAUUCCAAGGAGCCCUGCUACAGACCAACUGUCUAACCAUGCCAAACAAGCUUACUUUAACAUGUCCCACUCAACCGCAAACACUCAGGAGGUCUCAAACCAAAGAGUGCAAGGGUAUAGGUAUCGCCCAAAUUUACCAUCUGGUAAGCCUACAGCUAUUCAACACGAAGUACCAGCUAUGACUUUAACUCAACCAUCAAGCUAUCAACAAAUCAGUCAUUCCAUAAUUGAUAGUCCACGGCAAGCCCACAGAGUUAAUUUUAACCUGGCUAAUUUCAAAAAUAAGGUAGAAGAAGGAGCUAACCAACUUAGUGGAAGGUGCAGCACAAGUCCCGAUAUGGCUCGUAAACUAGCCGAAGAAGCCACCAAACUUUCCAUACAUAUGGAAGCCAGGAGGUCUCCAUCCCCAACCCCAUCAUCAACAGACACAGUAAGGUCUGACAAUUCCCAGUUGGGACAUUCAAGAGAGCCUCAUCUCUAUUCUAGCUUCCAGGGCCCUGAAACUCACUCUAAUUGCAACCUUCCUGCUCAGGAGCACAACUGGAAACAAGAGUCUAUCAAGACUGUUCACCACUCUGUUCAAACAACCCCUCUUUUGCCCCACAUUGGAAGUUCAUCUCCGGCAGCUCCAGCAAGGUUGAACCGAUCAGAUGUCAUAUCAUCCUCUCCCAUAAGAGACCCUCGGAUAGAGAGAACACAGUUGGUUGGGAAGGACAGCCCGACUUUGCAUCGGCACCUGCCUUCCCAGUACACAAGGGACAAUCAUACACCUAGCUAUGAGCGUAGGCAGUAUGGGACACUCAGAGGUCACAAAGACAGCCCAGAUAGCAGCAGGAGACCUUUCACAAGGCCUAACUUAGAGACACCAAGCUGGACCACUCAGCAAAAGCAUGGGAUAGAGGAGUGCUUACCCAGAGAAAAUGGAAACUUGAGGGAGAUGGACAGUCAUAAGAGGAAUAGGUCAACAACACCAGUCUCCCAAGAGAUUCAUUGUAGUGUCCCAGUGCAGAAAAAUGAGAUGAAAGCGGACACUAGGACUAACAAGGAGUGGAGUGUUACAGCAUCACAGAGCUCCAGUGGGGUCACAGGCAGCCUUAUAGAGAGUACUCUACAUGAGAAAGAUUGCAUAUCAUCAGAGACAUCUAGCAAAACCAGCCAGAAGAGUCCUGACUCUGGAAACACAGGCAUACAGAUCUUGUCUGAAAGUGGACCAUUUUCACUGAGGCCUUCAUUGCACUCACAGAAGACUGCUCGUGCCAAAUGGGAGUUCUUGUUUGGGUCCCACACUGAUCAACAAGAUCAACGUGAAACAAAAGGCUCCUCCUCUGCACCCUCCAGUGGUUGUUCCAGUGAAUCUCCGACACCCAUUCCACCCUUGUCUACCCCCGUAAAGCCUAAAACAACACACUCAAGACUCUGUAAAUCAACUGGCUCUUCGAAAUUCCCAGGCCACAAUGUACAACAAGUCGACGUGGAGUUGAAAAACCAUCAUCCCGCAGUGGGGACCUCUAAUAAGGCGGGCAUCAUAAAACGUAGUGUGAAAUAUUCAGAGACAGACAUAGAUGCAGUGCCUCUGCGCUGUUACAGGGAAACAGACCUUGAUGAGGUCAUGCUGGCAGAACAGGAGGAGGUGGACUCUGCAUUUGGCAGCAACCGCAGUGUGCUGGGCACCUCAGGCACCACCAGCAGCAGCCCCCUGGAGGAAGUGCUAUGCCCACACACAGAUGGAGAGGAGGAGCUGCAAGAUGAAGAGGUGGUGAGCUGGGCCAGUGUGAGGAUGCAAGGCGACAAAAAGAGGCAAAAUGCCUCACCCGAGGGAGAUGAAGUGUUUAGUCGACUGCUAAGAGGUCCCCCAGAUUGCCAUCCUGACAGCCACAUGGCUUUGAAGUCUCCCAUCUCUGUCACCAGCCCCUGCCGAAUCUCAUCAGACGGUUCGGACUCUUUCAGCAGACACUUUGAGAGCAUUAUGGAGUCACACCGAGCUAAGGGCACCUCUUACAGCAGCCUGGAUAGUGAAGACAUCACCCCUAGUGGCCCACCAGUCUUCACGUUUGACUUUCCGACCCUCACUCCUGAGAUCCAGAGUCAGAUCAGCGAGAGUGCCAAGCAGAUCAUCGAACUGAACUUUGCUCCUCUGACGUCCCCUGAACCACCAGCUGUGUCUGAUCCCACAGAGUGUCUGUACAGGGAGGACCAGAGCGGUGUCUAUGAAGAAGAGAGUCCAUUCUGCAGUGAAUCCUGCUCUGAUCAAGCCCGCAGGCCUGAUUCUGACACAGAUGCUGCUAUAAGAGAGAGGCCAUCACGGCCGGUGUCCGAAUCCGAUCCAGACGUGGCUGAGCGAUUGGCUGUGGGCAGCACUGAAACUCUGGCCAAUGGCAACAAAGCUGACCUCCAAGCUGCAAAACGGCUGGCCAAACGUUUGUACAAUCUGGAUGGAUUUAAGAAGUCAGAUGUGGCACGUCACCUGAGCAAGAACAAUGAUUUCAGUCACAUAGUGGCGGAGGAGUAUCUCAGUUGUUUUAACUUCUCAGGGAUGAUGGUGGAUCAGGCGUUGAGAGUGUUUUUGAGACAGUUUGCCCUAAUGGGAGAGACACAAGAGAGGGAGCGAGUAUUAUCCCAUUUUUCGAAAAGAUACCUCCAGUGCAACCCCAACACUAUUGUAAAUGAAGACUGUGUUCACACACUGACUUGUGCCCUGAUGCUGCUCAACACUGAUCUGCAUGGUCAUAACGUCGGGAAGAGGAUGUCCUGCAUGCAGUUCAUUAGUAACCUAGAGGGGCUAAAUGAUGGCCAAAACUUCCCCAAAGAUCUUCUCAAGGCUCUCUACAACUCCAUCAAAAAUGAAAAGCUGCAGUGGACAAUCGAUGAGGAGGAACUGCGGAAGUCUUUCUCUGAGCUGGACGGCAGGAAAGACUCCACAUCUCACACUAUGAAGCGGGUCAGCAGCGGUGGAAACCCCCUCGUCAGUGUUGCACAGCAGUCCAGCGCUCAGGUCUACAUGAACGGCUUUCUCGUGCGGAAAGUUCACGCUGACUCUGAUGGCAAGAGAACUCCACGAGGUAAAAGAGGAUGGAAGACAUUUUAUGCCAUCCUAAAAGGACUGAUUCUUUACCUUCAAAAGGAUGAAUAUCGUCCGGAUAAGCAGCUGUCUGAUGAGGACUUGAAGAAUGCAGUAUCAGUCCAUCAUUCUUUAGCCAUGCGGGCAGCAGACUACAGCAAACGACCCGACGUGUUUUACCUUCGCACUGCUGACUGGAGGGUCUUUCUUUUCCAGGCCCCCAACGCAGAGCAAAUGCAGUCCUGGAUAACCCGCAUCAACACGGUGGCAGCCAUGUUCUCUGCUCCUCCCUUCCCAGCUGCCAUUGGCUCCCAAAAGAAGUUCAGCCGCCCUCUUCUGCCAGGCUCAAACACCAAGCUCUCUCAGGAGGAGCAGCUUAAGUCUCACGAGACACGGUUUCGCGCCAUUUCUGCUGAGCUCCAGGAACUGCGCUCUACGCCCCAAGACCGCAAGCCCAAAAGCAGAGAACAAGAAGAGCACAAGCAAAGGGAAGAGUAUCUAGAUUUUGAGAAAACACGUUACGGAACAUAUGCAAUGCUGCUAAGAGCUAAGAUCCGCAUAGGAGAAACUGACCUGGAGACGUUCGAGGCCCGUUUGUUUGACGACGGCGGCCUGCAGAGGGCCCACUCCAGCCCCACGUUACCCCAAGACAACAGCCAUGCCAGCAGCACCAAAGAGUCGAGCAGGAGCAGCGGCAGCAGCAAGAGGACCAGACGCUCAGACGGUCAGAGACACAGCUGCAGACAGGCUGUCAAACAGUGAGAGAACCCAAGCAGAAGAGCUUGUUUUUCUCCAUUCAGGAGCUGAGUAUAGAGAGCUACCAGGACGGCUGCAGAUUACAUUGAUGGCUGUUCUCAAGUCGUCAUGAUCACGAAACUGUGGUUGGGGUUGCUGAGCCCCACGUGUGACCGCUGGGAAAGCAUGCUUUUCUGGCCAGUAACCGCAAACCCAAAUCUGCCAGUGGGCAGAUGAGAAGGAGCACCAGCCUCACAUCGUCUUAUUUCUGUCAGUCUGUGUUCUCGCCACAAAUCUGUGUACUAUGCUUGUUGAUCGUCAGUUUAAACACUCGUGGCUUUUCAUUUGAACAAGCUGAAGUGCAAACUUGGUGGCCCUGGGAGUGACAGCAUAAUGAGAAGUCAGCCUCUUUAUUGUGUGAACAAGUGCUGUUCACUUUAUAUAUUUAAAGCAUUGUAGAUUUUGCUUUUUAGAUAAUUUCAUCAUUUGAGGUCGAUCAAGCGCUUUAACUCUUUAUGGGAAGUUCAAGAACUUAGUCUACUCUGUAUAGUCCUUUAAACCUUCUUAAAGCACGUCUCAAAGCAUGCCUAAGAUGUUUGAAGACAAUCAGUUCCUCAUUUGGUACAAUUACUAAGAAUAUGAAUGCAUUAUUUCUCUUUAUACCAUGACAGCGGACUAGUGAUAAUGACCUUGUGAAAAAUAAGUGUGGUUAAUCAUAGUGUAUGAAUGUGCACUUGUAGUGUACUUCAAAUCUUAAAAGUGUAUUUUUAAGAUACUGUACUUGAGGAUAAUGUAAUAUUAAUGAAAUUAAGGCCACUUAUGUGUACUUAGAGUACACUUUUUAUUUUAUUUUUUGACUGUCUGUGUCAGAUGUAGUCAGUUACUUUAAAGUACAUUUAAAUCAUUGUUUUAAUCUUUUGUUGUGUUUUAAAGUAGUACACGUAUUUUGAUGUGUUGGCUAACAUUGUAAAGUACUUGAUUCAAAUUCUGUGGUUUUUAACUGAUAUUACAUUUAAGAAAAUUAUAUUUUAAAUGUAUUAAAUUGCAACUUUAUUACAAAUGUGUAAUUAGAAAGAUGUUUUAAAUAUGUGAAAUACAAGUUUCAGCAGUAUAAACUAUAUUUUAAAGGUAUAUUUGAAGUUAGUAUGAAACUACAGAUAAGGAUAUACUAAGUCCUACAUGAAAUGCAAUUAACCGUAUUUAAUAUAAUAUUGCAUUUAAACUAUAAUACAUUAUCAUUUGAUUGCAGAAAACAAACAAACAUGCAAUUAGCUGUCCAAUAAGUACUCUUUUUAAAAGUAUGCUGAAGUGCACUUCUUUUUCACAAGGGAUUACUUUACAUGCUGAAUAUCUGAAGGACUUUACUCUGUGCACAUUGACCGAUCACCAUGUGAAACGGAUGUUAAAAUCAAUCUCAAUAAUCGACCCCAUCAUAUUAUGUAGUGUAAUGUGUAUUUAAAAUACGUAUUGAGCUUGAGAAUGAUGUAUGACCGAGCCACUGAUUUCUCAGGCACUCAUUUUCAAAUGUAUGAUCCAUUCAGUGCUGUGGUGAAACAGGAGGCACUAAAAGCUGGUCUGUUCAGAUUAACCACAUCUAAUACCUCAACUGCACUGAGAGACCUGCUCAAGGGAGUGUCAUUUGGUCGGAAAUAAUUCUAGACGUUUACGAACUGGUGUGUUCUUAUGUUCAAUUGAACUUGUAUGAAAGAUAUUGCUUUAUAGGAGAGUGAAGGUAAGCUUCUGUGCUGCUUAUCAUAACCUCAUGAACUGUCCUACUGAUCUCCGAAUCCAAGAAAUUGUAAAACAACACACUAAUCAAUGCGAAUCCAGGUCAUGAAGAUCUAAACUGACUGUUAACACUGCCAGCAUAUAGAUCGAAUUCAGACAUUUAGGACACACACACACACACAAAUAUAUUUUGACAUGAUAUGGGACCCUAAUUCCAUCAAAUGGCACUUCAAUAGUGUCUCGCUUCACUGCACUAUGAAUAAUAGGCAUAUUUAAUGAAGAGUUAUUUAUAUAUUUUGAACAUUUAUUGAGUAUUUGUUUAUGACUGAAGCAUAUGGACUAAAAAUUUAUAUCCAAGUUUUCUAUAGGGAGCACUCGACCACUACAAGUAGUUUGGUGUCACCCAAAGAUUUUGCUGUAAAUGUAACUUAUUUCUUAUGACUUAGUUUUUGUGUUUGGUGUGUUAUCCAUUCUAGCUGUAUAUAUGAUGUUAAUAUUAUGUUACAGCCUCUCAGUAAAAAAAUGCUAUAAUGUUUGUAAUGUUUUGAAGGCAUAGGCAAAAUAAAUCUGUUUUGAAAGGA